UCUCUCUAUCUCUCUCUCCCUCUCUCCCUCUCUCCCUCUCUCUCUCUAUCUCUCUCUCUCCUCUCUAUUUCUUCCAUGAAGGAAAGCUAAAAGAGCAGCAUUUUAAUGCCCCGACAACCGCCUUUAACCUCUACUUGCUUUCUUAAAAGCUAGUAGCAAAAGGGUUCUCCAAUUCUUCUGUUUUCAAAAAACCAAAGAGCCUAAAGUUUCAGUUUUUACAUCUUUUUUUUCUCCUUUGUCGUUUAAAGGAUGAAUAAACAAGAUGUCAUGAAGAUGCAGACAUGGGUUCUCAAAGUGAAUAUACAGUGUAGCUGUGAUGGGUGUAAGCAGAAAAUAAGGAAGCUUCUGCAGAAAGUUGAUGGGGUGUAUUCCUGUAGCAUAAAUGCAGAUCAAGGGAAGAUAACAGUGUCCGGUAAUGUCGAUCCGGCUGUGCUUAUUAAGAAGCUGCAGAAAUCUGGGAAACAUGCUCAGUUGUGGGGUGGGGCUCAAAAGGGUGGUUGUAAUAAUUUCCCCAACCAGUUCAAGAACAUGAAUAUGGAUGUUGGCAAAGGUGGGAAGGACAACAAGUCUCAAAAGGGCGGUGGCGGCGGAAAUAACCAGCAGAAAGGUGGGCAGAAAUUGGUGCUACCACAACAUAUGCAGCAAAUGAUGAAAGGGUUUAACCCUCCCAAGGACCAGAAAUCUGUUAAGUUUCACUUGCCUGAGGAUGAUGGAAGUGAUGAUGAUUUUGAUGAUGAUUUUGAUGAUGGAAGUGAUGAUGAUUUUGAUGAUGAAUUUGAUGACGAGUUCGAUGAUGAUGAAGAAGAUGAUGAGUUUGAUGAUGAGGAACUUGGUCAUGGUCAUGGACAAAUGCAAAACAAGAUGGUGGCUAUGAUGGGAAAAGGCAAUGGGGGGCCAAAUGCUAUGAUGAAUGGCCAAGCCAUGAAUGGUAAAAAAGGUGGUGGUGGUGUUGAUAAUGGAAGGAAAGGGGUAGCUAUUGAUAUGCCUAUGGUGAUGAAAGGCAUGGGGGAGAACAACAAAGAAGGGAAGCAUGGUAAUGGAGGGAAAAAAGGAGGUGAAAAGAACAGCAAAGGAGGGAAAGGAGGAGAUAAACAUGGUGGUAAAAAAGGUCGUGGAGGAGGAGGUUUACUUGGUUUUUUCAAGAAGGAUAAAGGUGGGAAAGAUUCAAGUGCUCGUAGUAAAAAGGGUAAAAAUGAAUGGGACGACGAUGAUGAUGAUUAUGUUAAUAACAAAGGCUCUUCUCAUAAAGGAAAGGGAGGCCAUGGCGGCGGCGGCGGCGGAAUCAAUAAUGGCAAUGGAGCUAAAAAAGGUGGGGGCAAAAAUGGUGAUGGUGGUUGGAGCCAUCUCAAAAGUGGUGGAUUUCAAGACAUUGAUGUUCUUAAUCAUGUCAAAGGAGGUGGUGGUGGGGGUGUUGCCACCGGGCACGGCCACCACGGACAUGGAGGCGGCGGUGGAGGAAAGAACAUGGGGCAAAUGGGUUUUGACAUGGGCCAAAUGGGAAACUACCCAAUGAACCAGAUGGGUGAUUUUGCAGCAGUGCAAGGACUACCAGCACCAAUGAAUAAUGGUGGUGGGUAUUAUCAAGGGAUGGGGCCAGGGAAUCCCUAUAACCAGCAUCAAUAUAUGGCCAUGAUGACGAAUCAACAAAGAGCAAACGGGGGAAUGUAUCAGCCAAUGAUGUAUGCUCAACCAUAUCCCCAACCAAGCUAUGGUCCUCCCCCAAUGCAUCCACCACACUCUGAAUCUUAUGCUCAUUACUUCAGUGACGAAAAUGCAAACAGCUGCAGUAUCAUGUGAAAUAUUCCCCCAUAGUAGUGAUGUUUUUGGCAUUUUACAAAAGUUUGCAAGGGAAAUGUUUAGUUUUCCCUUUACUCAAUUACCCCAAACCCUUUCUUUGAAGUAUGGAGUGAGGCCACUAUGUAGUAGAAGAACAAUGUACCUAAAGUUUGAGGGAUAUAUGAUGAAUAUAUAUAGUUCCUUGGUUUCUUUUUCUCAGAAGGUGGACCCAAAUGUAUUUCUUUGUGAAUUGUUGGUUUCAAUUGUAAAAACAUGUUUGGCAUCAA